AAUUUUUUUUUUUGAGCAGGACGCACACGUCGACUAGCUCCGAGCCUUUGCUUCGAAUUUCCCUCACCUUGAACUCCUCAGCACCGACAUGGCGCCCUUUUCAAAGCCUGAGACAGUGCUCAAACAAGCCGAGGGUCUGGUUUCUGUGGGUCAGGCUCAUGCAGCAUUGCAAUCCCUUACAGAAAUGUUCUCCUCAAAACGAUUUCGAUCGACUCCAUUGACCUCACUCGAACCUAUAAUGAACCGAUUCAUCGAACUCUGCGUCGAUAUGCGAAAGGGCCGUACCGCAAAAGAAGGAUUAAUGCAAUACAAGAACAUCGCACAAAACACCAGCGUUCAAAGUAUCGAAACUGUUAUCACGCGAUUUGUUCAAUUGGCCGAUGGCAAAGUUCGGGAGGCGCAGGAGAAGGCUGCUGUUCAGAUUGCAGUUGAUGUGGAUGACCUUGAAGCCAGCGAAACGCCGGAGAGCAUUUUGUUAGGCGCAGUCAGUGGUGAUCAAAGCAAGGAUAGGACAGAUAGGGCUUUGGUAACACCUUGGUUAAAAUUCCUGUGGGAGAGCUACAGGACUUCUUUGGAGACUCUGAAAAACAAUGCUCGUUUGGAAGUUAUAUAUCAGCAAAUAGCCCAGCAAGCCUUCAAAUUCUGUCUUAAACAUCAGCGGAAAGUGGAAUUCAGGCGACUAUGCGAAACUUUGCGUCUACAUCUUGCUAAUGUCGCCAAAUACUCCCAUCAACCACACUCGAUAAAUCUUUCGGAUCCGGACACUCUCCAGCAUCAUUUGGACACUCGUUUUGCGCAACUCAACACUUCCGUUGAGCUAGAGCUUUGGCAGGAAGCCUUUCGCUCCGUGGAAGAUGUUCAUAACCUUCUCACGAUGGCCAAAAAGGCACCUCGCCCUGCUAUGAUGGCCAACUACUACGAGAAGCUCACAAAAAUAUUUUUAAUGAGCGGAAACUCUUUGUAUCAUGCUGCAGCAUGGGGUAAGUACUAUGCUAUCGUCACCAGUAUUGGAGGAAGGUCCGAUCAAGAGUUGAGCAAGCUUGCUGGCCAGGUCCUCGUCAGUGCUCUUGCGGUUCCCGUUGGGUUGCAUACCGAAGAGCCUGAAGAGGUAAAAGGUCGAACUGGUCGCUUGACUUCACUACUUGGAUUGACCAAAACCCCCACACGAGCAGGGUUGCUGAAGGAUGCUCUAUCUCGUGACGUCUUGAAGCUUUCACCUGCACCCAUCAAGGCGUUAUAUCAACUUCUCGAAGUAACCUUCGAUCCGCUUACCUUAUGCUCGACCAUCGCACCUAUCUUGAACUCUCUAUCCAUAUCUUCCGCCUCCGAAAUCGACCCAUCGUAUGCACCUUACCUUCCUCUUCUUCACCAGGCUCUUCUUUCUCGACUGCUAUCUCAGCUUUCUCAAGUAUAUUCUUCGAUUAAGAUCAACAACCUUCUUUCGCUCGUAGAACCCCUCCGCGACGCCAAGGUUGAAGGCGUCUACGACAAUGAACAAAUAGAAGCCUACGUCAUGGGUUGUGCCAGACGUGGUGAACUCAGCGUCCGUGUCGACCACCUUGAGGGCUCUAUCGUCUUCAUUGACGAACUGUACGCCAACAAUGGAGCCGAUGAUCUAACUCGUCCUUCCACUUCUAUCGCUUCAACUUCAACAUCUAGAGAUACUACACUGAUCCAACCUAACCUCUCAGAACUUGUUCGCACCCGGCUAGGAAAUGUAGCUUUGUGUCUGCACAAUUCCAUACAAGUCCUUGAUGCUCCUACCAGGGAGGCCCAAUUACCUACCGAAGAGGAGCAAAAAGAGAGGUUGACAGCCCUUGUCGCUGCAGUCGAAGGUGAACGCAAAUCAUUGCAGCUUCGUCGUGCGGUCGUUGCUCGACGAAGGGAACUCCUUGGUGAACUGACGGCGAGAAGAGAGAAGGAAGAGGUUAGUCGGCGAGCAGAGCAAUCGAGAAGGGAGAAGGAAGAGGAGGAUCGUAAGACGAGGCUCGAGAUGCAAGUGAGAGAGAGAGAGCGGAAUAGAAAAGAGCUAGAGCAGAUCAGACAGCAGGAGACCGACAAGCUUGCUAAAGGAAUGAUCCAAACGGGUAUGCUGAAGGCCGAGGAACUUGAGCGACUACAAAAGGAUCAGCGCUUCGACACUGGUGAUCUCAUUAGCCUUCAAGUUCAACACAUCGAGAAGGAGAAGAGAGAGCUCAAUCAACGCCUCCGUGUUGUUGCCAAACGAAUCGACCACCUUGAGCGGGCAUAUAGGAAGGAGGAGCGACCUCUUGUAGCUCAGGACUAUGAACGACAGCAUGCAAACGAUAGGGACACAUUCGAAGCCGUCCAGAAAUUACGAAAGGAAACCGCCAGAACGGAACAUCAACGGGCCCUUGAGACAAAGAAACGUCUCUCGAGGGUGAUGGAGGACUACCUGAAGAGGAAAGAUGUUCUCAUUGCAAAGAAGGGAGAGGAGUUUGCGAAGAAGAGGGAUGCAGCAUUGCGGAAGAUUGAGGAGGAGAAGACCAAAAGGAAAAGGGCUAUCCUUGCCUCUAGAGAGGAAGAGAGGAAGCAUCGCGAGGAGGAAGAACGUAUCCGUAGAGAGAAAGAAGAAGAAGAAAGGAGAAUCGAAGCCGAACGUAUAGCGGAAGAGGAACGGAUUCUUGCUGAACAGGAAGCAGCAGCAGCCGCUGCCGAAGCCGCCAAACGAGAGGUUGAAGAAAAGGCCACUGCUCUUCGUAAGCAGCGUGAGGCCGAACGCGCUGCCGCCGCCGAAGAGGCUCGUCUUAAGCAACAAAGAGAAGAGGAGGCUGAGGCGCGUCGUCAAGCACGUCGUGCCCGGGAAAGAGAACAGACACCAGCGGCGUCGUCAAAGUCCAGUGUGUUCGGCAAAUCAACGGAGGGUGGCGGGGCAUGGAGACCGCCUUCAAGUGUGGCCAGCACACCGUCACGGGUCGCUGAAAAGGCGUCAACUCCUCCUCGAGCCGAAAGUCCAAGUCCAGCCGUGCCAAAAUACCGUCCAGGGGCCUUAGGUGGAGGUUGGCGAGCACGAGAGGAGGCCAAAAAGGCCACUACACAAAGUCCUACACCCCCAGCUAAUACACCUCCUACCAAUGGCACUCAACAAGAUGACGAAGGCUUCAACACCGUGCCCGAAAGAGGGAAUAAUGUUUGGCGCCCGCGCAGAGGUCGCGCUUAA